UUAGUGUUGUUGCCGCAACCGUUGUUGUUCUUCGUGCUUAUCAUUGCGAUUUUUUCUUCCCUUCUCCUGGUUACGGCGGUAACCGUGGCGACAGGUGGCUGUAAGAGCAGCCUGGUGUUCUUCAACUACUUCAACCGCAACUUCUUCUGGCUGCUGGUGGAGGCUGUACUCCACACUCUGCUGAUGGUCAUCCACACCUACUCCGUGCAUCUCAGCACUUACAUGCUGAUCGGCUGGGGUAUCCCCUUUGUGGUUACAGUGGUGUGGGUGGUAUGCAAAGUUUGCCUCGAAGACACUGGGUGUUGGGAGAAAAGUGAGAUCUCCACCCCUGAACGUGUGAUCAACUGGCCGAUCAUGGCCUCCAUCAUCAUCAACUUCAUUCUGUUCGUCAACAUCAUCCGGAUCCUGGUCCAGAAGGUCCGCUGCUCAGUGGUCGGAGGAAACGACAAGUGCCAGUACCGGCGCCUGGCGAAGUCCACCCUGCUGCUGAUCCCUCUGUUCGGGGUGAACUACAUGAUCUACGUGGCCGAGCCCACGGACCAGGGGCUGAAGGACUACAAGAUCCUGUUCGACCUCGGCCUGGGCUCCUUCCAGGGUCUGGUGGUCGCCAUACUCUACUGCUUCCUGAACAGUGAGGUCCAGAGCGAGCUGAAGAGGAAGUGGCGGACCCUGUCUCUGAAGCGCUACGCGGGGCGGGACUCCCGCCUCCGCACCACGUCGGCCAGCCGGAACGGGGGGGACCCCUCGGCCCCCCUGGCCCGCAACACCCGGGCCCAGUCCAUCCUACAGACUGAGACCACCAUGCUCUGAGGCCCCGCCCCACCAGGAAGUAAACAGGAAGCGGCCACCGGCUCUUCCCGCCCAAACCAGGAAGCACAUAAAAACCUAGCUGCUCGCGCCGCUGCCACCCAGCCAGGAAGUUAACAGGAAGUGGACGCCGGCUCCAUGAUCUUGACUGGGAAGUAAACAGGAAGUAGCUGAUGGCUCCGCCGCCCUCCACAGAGCCAUUGUAAUCCAAUCGUCGUCAGACGUUCCCCUCAUGUCUGAAGAGAACACUGAGGUUCAUUUGAACGAAGAGGGGUGCCAAGCUCCUUAAACUCAUGAAGACUUUACAAACGGGGAAGUGUGAGCGUAUUGACAGGAUGUUGUUGUUUUUGUUUUUGGUCAUGAACGUUGGCUGAAGAUGCAGUUAUUCAUGGGACGACCAGCAGAGGAGCUGAGAGGAGCUCAGAGGUUCAGAGUCUUUGUCCCCACUCACCGCUUCAUUCAGCUCUUCAGAGGACCCCAGAGACUAGAGAUACCCCGAUGGUGACCCAAGUUUCCCCCAUCUCUCUGCUCAUGUGCCAGGAGAUGAAUGGUACAACAAGGGACCAACAGAGAUGGAGUCACACUGAUAUCCUUUCAGUGACUUGUCGUUCUGUUUUGUGCAAAGUUGUGGAUAUGUGUUGGUGCUAAAGUGUUGUAACCUAUCAACAAGUAAUUCAACAGUAUACCGACAUCUUCAUUAUACUUGUGUAAAACAGUCCCAUUCCGCAGAUGAAAACAUUUAAAUAAAGCAUUAAGCUGGUGACAUUGUGCAGAUAUAGCACAAGUUCUAGUUAAAAGGAAACUUGUAGCAUUUUUCCUGUGCCAUUAGUUUGUUUAAACCCCGCCCCUUCUCUGUGAUUGGUGCAUUUAUUUUGAUUGUGAUUGGUUGGAGGUGAGUAAAAUGCAUCCUGUUCUGGUAGGCAGCAUGGAUGUACGGAUAAAAUGGCUGACAAAGGGAUUCUUAAAAAGUGAGUAUUAUAUUAAAGAUGGACUUAUGUACACAGAACAAAACUUGUUUAUGAUAUGAUGUUGUUAAUUAUUUGUAGUAUUUGUUGACGUAUUGCAUAUGUUGUAUUAGCUGGCAUAAAGAUUGUGUAUAUAAAGGCCAAAUGGACUGGAGUUGAUGGAAUCUUUUCUCACAGUGGUAGAGGUGCUUUCCUUUCCAUGGAUUCUCUUCUCUUGUGUUUUCAGAUUUACAUUUCAAAAAGAUUUACAUUGGUUUGCUUUGUAUUUUUUGUUUGUUUGAGUACCCCCUGCAGUUUUCCAAAAUACCCCUGGCCGUACGCGCAGCGUAACCCCAUUUCAGAACCGUUGGAUCAGAGGGAAGUUGCUGGGGUUCAAUCAUGAAAUAAUGAAGAUGGAGAGUCAGGCUACAGAAUAGGACAUAUUUUAUUUAGAUUCAAACACACUAAUAAAUAGCUAAUUAACAAAUGGCUAGAACCUUUAACAAAUCCAGUGAAAAGAUCCAGUGACAAAUCCUUACCGAAAACCAGCUAUACAACAUCGUCACAAAAUGUGCAAACAUUGAUAAAUACAAUUCAUGAAUAAAUAUGACUAUUGAAUAUUAUCUAUCUUUUUAAAUACAUUUAAA